GCAUUACCCACAGGCCCCUGCCCUGCCGCCACUUCCGCCGCGACCAUUUUGUUCUUCACCGGCGUCAAGGGUACGCGCUCUGCUCUCAUCAUGUUCCCGGUGGCCAGGGCCGCGCAGAGUCUCGUCGCUCGUGGCAUCCAGCACACUGCAGUCAGACAUGCUCAUCGCAAGCACGAGCCAACCUUCCACGACAAAUAUGGAACCAUGGUCCUCCUUGGUGGAGCCACCAUGUUCACUGCUGUCUGGAGCUACGUGUUCACAACGCUUAAAAUUGAGUGGGGCGUUUCACCUGUUGGCAGAAUAACUCCAAGUGAAUGGAGGGAGUAACAGCCUCUGCUUGUAAUGAACUGGUCUGAACUUUCACUGAGAAAAUGGUCAUGUAAUGGCAUUUGUUCCCUGAUUACCACUUGGACAGUGGCAUUCCUGGUCUAAUAAACAUACCUAGAAACCUU